AUGAACAACAACCUAACUUCGAUUACUUUCGCUCUUACGAGCAUUCUUAAUACACUCGCUACCACUACCCUUCCUCCUCCCGCUCCUACGCCUUCUACGAUUACCAUACCGAGUGCCAUUGAUACCUCGAAUAUCGUUGCAACUCCUUUCGGUACACACUUAAGCCAACUAGAACAAAUUUCCAAGCUGCUGACUAAUUACCUCAAUCAAGCUUUGAAUACUCUAGUUCGAUUAGAUUGUUACAUCAAAGCUGCAAAGAUAUUCCAACCAUUAAUGCGAGCCGCGACUCCAAUUCGACCACUGAUACCGAACCGGCAACAAUGA